UCAGUUACUAGUGAAGUAUCGUUUGAGAAGUUUUCAUCAGAGAGAGGGUCUAAUUCUCUCCCUUUCAGUUUUUAUUUCCAAACAUUAAAGAAAACAUUCCGUUAAAGAAAACAUUCUAAUUGAAAGUGAAAAAUAAAGAAGACGUUUUUAACAAUAUUGUGUGAAAGAAUCUACCACAUUACUAGUGGAAUAUUUUUUUUUUUAUUUUGGAUACAUCAUAUUGUAAAUUGAUAAAAAAUGCCGCCAAACGCAACAUCGGUUGUUGAAUGUACCGGCGUUUUAGAUGAAUGCGAUGCUGAAACAGUUGACGGUGGAUUAGAUAAAAAUAUCGUUGAAUUAAAACAUGCAAAUCCUCGCAAAUUGAAAUUAGUUUGGAGAAACAUCAUGAUCUUUGGAUAUGUUCAUCUUGCAGCCGUUUAUGGGGCAUACCUUAUGCUAACAUCAGCCAGAGUUUAUACAGCAGUCUUCGCUCUCGUAUUAUAUUUGACCUCCGGUCUUGGCAUCACAGGAGGCGCACAUCGUCUAUGGGCACAUCGUUCCUACAAAGCAAAACUUCCAUUAAGAAUUCUUUUAACAAUAUUCAAUACAAUGGCGUUUCAAGAUUGUGCCAUCCACUGGGCUCGUGAUCAUCGUGUUCAUCACAAAUACUCUGAAACCGAUGCUGAUCCACAUAAUGCAACACGUGGUUUCUUUUUCGCUCACGUUGGAUGGUUGCUGUGCAAAAAACAUCCAGAAGUCAAGGCAAAAGGCAAAGGUUUGGACAUUUCCGACCUUGAAGCUGACCCAGUAUUGCAUUUCCAAAAAAAAUACUACUUGAUUUUAAUGCCAAUUGCUUGUUUCAUCUUGCCAACAUUGAUCCCAUGGUAUUUCUGGGGUGAGACAUUGAAAAAUGCUUGGUUCGUAGCCGCAAUGUUCCGAUGGACUUUUGUGUUGAAUGUGACCUGGCUUGUAAACAGCGCCGCUCACAUUUACGGUGACCAUCCAUAUGACAAAUACAUUAAUCCAACAGAAAACAAAUCAGUUGCUUUGUUUGCAUUUGGGGAAGGAUGGCACAACUAUCAUCAUGUAUUCCCAUGGGACUACAAAACCGCUGAACUCGGAAACUAUCGUUCAAAUUUCACUACAAUGUUCAUUGAUGCGAUGUCGAAAAUUGGCUGGGCCUAUGACUUGAAAACAGUUGAUCCACAAACGGUUAAAAAACGUGUCGAACGAACUGGCGAUGGUACACAUCACACAUGGGGCUGGGGAGACAAAGAUCAAUCACCAAAAGAACGUGAAGAAGCCGUGAUCAUAAACAAAAAAGACUAAAUGCUUAAAAAGCAUACUUUGAUUAUUACCAUUUCAACAACUCGAUAUUUUUUGGCUAGUUAAUUUGCUUAAUUAAAAAAAAAAAAACACACAAAACAAAAGAAACAAAGUAAAUUCAAACAAAACAUUUUGUGGAUCAAAUGACUGAGAUGGCAACUAAUGCGUUUUUACAUUCUCAAGAUUUUAGUUAUUUAUUUUAAUGAAAGUUUUCCUAAUUUGACUGUAGUCAAUAGAAAAUGGAUUUAAAUGUAGAAUUAAGGUGCAUAAAGACAAUUUAAUGCAGGGUUUUUUAUGGCAAAUUUUGCAAAUGUAAUUUAGAAUUUUCCAUGCUUGCUUGAUUGAAAAAUAAAUAGUAAAAUUUCAAAGAAAACCAAAUGAAGAA